UAAAAUCUUGUACAGACCAGACGGAAGUGUGUAUUGUUUACGUGUUCGUCAUUCUGUAAGGACUAUCUAUGGUAUCUAAAGCGAUAUCAGACGUAGCAGGCAUUCACAUUCACAUACACUAUGAUUAGAAGUAGCUGUCUGGGUUUUGUAGUUUGUGUCCUUUGUAUUGGGGUUAUCCAAGCACAAGUUAAACAGGCGGGUAUCUGUCCGUCUCAUUGGAAACACCAUGGUUCCAACUGCUAUUUGAUUGUUACUGGACCGAUGUUGAACUGGAGAGAUGCAGUUAACUAUUGUCAAACUGUCAGUGCGGAAAUCAUUGAGAUUGAGACGGCGGAAGAAAACACAUACUUGAAAAAUAGUCUUCUUCACAAUCAUACAACUGUCGACAUCUGGGUUGGCGCCACUGAUAAACGUCAAGAAGGCCAUUGGCUCUGGACAAACAGUCAACAACCCGUAAAGUUUACUGACUGGGCACCAAACGAACCGUACCAAGGUGUUGGCUUUGAAUGUUUGACCUUGACCGCUCGUCAAGGUUUCCGUUGGAAUGACGAAGAUUGUAACCAUAAGUGGGGAUAUAUUUGUAAGAAAGAGGCUCUAAAUGAAGGAACCAUAAUCAUUGGAUAAAUGUGCUAGAUUUUCGUCUUCAAACAAAACUUUUCUCAAUCAAUAAUGGUGAAUAAAGAAUUACAAUAUGUUCAA